CAACCAGAGAGACGCGCCAUUUUCGAACUGAAGAAUGGAAAAGUCAUCUUUAAACAGAAACCCAUAUCUUUCGAGAAACUUACAGAGACUAUGCAAGAGAUUGUAAAGUUCAGGGAAAUGCUUGACCAAAGAAUCGAAAAACAGGAACUUCCUCUUGCGACUAUACCCGAUGACUACAAGUCGCUAAUUGUGAAGCUGGCUCACGAAAGUGACAAAGCAGUCACAGCUCUCGCAAAACAUAUCCAUCACGAACUACUCCCUGCCCACGACGAGGAUGAAGAUAGCAGUGAGCGCGCUAAGAUAGCGUCCGCAUUACCGCUAUCUGUGGUGGAACACGCAAUAAAAUCUAUUAUGAGCCGCAACAACUAUGGUCUUGACGGGCCACUAGGCUAUAAACUACCUCCGUCAUUGUGUGUUUGGCGCUGGGAGGUUAAGGAUGAAUACCGGGAUUGGCUACCAAAGUCUGGGAAGGAGAAAGCCGAAGCUCGAUUAACGGAGCGGAUGCAGGUUGGCAAAGAGCUCAAUGCCUUAUUCCAAAGUUUGCCCCAAGAUGAACGAGACUCCAUCAUGGAUCCGAAGGGGACUCAUAAACUUCCUACGAAAGACAUCAAUAAAGGAGACGCACCACCUCACCCAGAAGUCAUCAUUAUUGAGGAUGACUCUGACCUCAAAGACUCUGAUGGAAUUCAGUCAAAUAAAAAUAGCGAAGAAACUGAAAAUAUUGCUCAACCUGGGGAUAUGACACCCAAAACUCGCUCAAAGAAAGCCACAGAUCUAGAGAAGGCUGCGAAAGCCAAGGAAAGGCAAGAAAAACUAGUUGCCAAGGCUGAGAAGGAGAAGAGGGAGAAAGAUGCUCAGAAUAAAUCUCGGUCGCUUAUGGCAAAUUUCUUUGGCAAAGUCAGGGGUACAGAGAGCAAGUUACCUCCAAGGGAGGCCAACGCCAGUGCUGGUCCUUCUUCUGCCGAGUCUGAUUUCCAGAAAACAUUUAAGCCUUUUGUGCUGAAAAAGGAUGCAGAGAUUGCCCCCGUCAAUUGGUUUUUAGAAUGUCGGAAGAAGAGAUCGUCGAAGGGCAAUGUAAUGAAGGAUUAUGGGGAUGUUAUUGUGAUUGAAGACGAGGACGAGCACGCCACAGAUAAGGAGGACCCCGACGUCGAGAAAGCUGGCAGGAGUAAUGAGAGCGAAACAGUCGACGUUUCACAAUGGAGUUCGCAUGGUAUGGAGUUGUUGAUGCAUUGCUAUUGUAUCUCUCUAACAAUACGAGCAGAGCGGCUUCAGUCGACCCUUAAGUCUAUGGCAUCGCUCCGCCAUCCAUCACAUAUGCCUCCAAAAUCAUUGAACUUUAAAACAUUCCGGCCACACAAUACCCGUGACAUCGUUUCAUUACUCAACGAGGCUGAAAUUGCCGGGGAUCCUGCUCAAGUCCGUUCGUUGCUUUCUGUUUUGCGCAACCGUAACAUCCUUCCUGCCAAAGUGCUCAUAUUCGAAGGAGACGCACGGCCGGGUUACUACGGCACAUGGACGCGAAAUUCUCGUGUGAUUGGUCCCCGAACGCCAUUUGCGCGGGACAUGCUGGUUCUGGAUUAUGGUUAUGAUAGUGGAGAGGAAUGGGAAGCAGAAGCGCCAGGAGAUGCCGACGAUGUGGUAGAGGAUGGCGAGGAAGAUGACAAUGACGGGGAUGAUGCUGAUUCGGAUUUGGAAAGCUGGUUGGUGGACGAUGAUGACAUGGAAGACAUCGGGACGCCAGAUGAAGACCUCGACUCGUCGCCUAUGCCUAUGUCGAUAGAUAUACCCAUGCCACCUCCGAAGAGAAAAACUGAAGCUCCAGAAAAGAAGAUGGGCAAGAAGAGGAAGGUCGUUAUCCCUCUAGUACCGUACGCUAAAGGGCCUUGCUGGGAAUCAACCAUUGGGUGGUGUGAAUAUGAUGCCUUCCGGCCCUACCGUGUACAACUCUUCAAUGAUACGCCGUAUCCCAUUGAUCCUUUUACAUUCGUCUCAAAGUCUGUAGAGGAACAGACUGCCCCACCAAACCACGACAUCGCAUUUGUCGUUCCACCUUUGCCAGAUCACGUUUUGGCAUCCACAGUAGUUGCAGGCCCUUCGAAACCAACAUCGUCUACCUCAGCAAUGAAACGCAUGACGUCAAUUCCCACUCCCAAAACAGCCUUUCCAGACGCCCAUAUCCCACUUUUGCUUUCAAAAAUUUCGUCUGUUGCCACGGGUAAUAUCAAUUUCCUAGUUGAAAGUGUGUUCCAAGAGCUGCGAACGCACAAAGUUAAGAAGAAUGCUAUUGAAGCAAAGGUAAAAGAGCUGGGGGAAAAGUCGAAGGAGAAGAAGAUAUGGGUAGUCAAAGAAGAUGUUCGAGUAAGUCCUCCCUUCGCUCAUGUGGAUAAUAUGUCUAUGUCGUUAACACUCAAGCAGGCGUUGUAUGCACAAUCAUGA